AUGACUGGUCGAGAAGAUAUCUAUCGUGCACCAGCUAUCCGAGCUCUGUGCUGCAUAAUUGAUGGAAAUAUGUUGCAGGCUAUCGAACGCUGUAUGAAGCAGGCAAUUGUUGAUAGAAAUUCAGCAGUUGCAUCGGCAGCCUUUGUUUCAUCAUUUCACCUGCUUCGGAAGAAUCCGGAAGUGGUACGUCGUUGGGCAAAUGAAGCAAUUGUUGAUANAAAUUCAGCAGUUGCAUCGGCAGCCUUUGUUUCAUCAUUUCACCUGCUUCGGAAGAAUCCGGAAGUGGUACGUCGUUGGGCAAAUGAAGUACAGGAAGCUAUUUCAUCGGAUAGCAGCAUGGUCCAAUUCCAUGCUCUCGGUUUACUGUAUCAUAUUCGUAGCGGUGAUCGUUUAGCAGUGAAUAAAUUGGUUCAAAAAUGGAGUAAAUCAUCGUUGCUUUCUCCUUUUGCAACCUGCUAUCUUAUUCGACUUGCCGCCAAACUUGUUGAAGAAGAUGAAGCAGG